UCUAUUUACUCCCUCAGCAAUGCUAAUGCCUGCUUCCCCCCCUCCCGCCCCCACAUUCUUCAGCUUCCCCCCUGAGCCUACUGCUGACGUCUAUCAAGGGUGAAAUGAUGGAAACUAUAUUCAUGGGCAUGAUUUCCAUUAAAUAUCAAUUAACCUGGGAGCCUCAGCCAGGCGUGCAGUGCGUCAAGGGUAAAUGUACAUCUCAUUUCCACAAGGCCUGCUCGCCUGGAAAAGAAGGGACUAGAUUCGCUUUGAUAAUGCCAGGUUUUGGGGUCACCCUUGUGGCCUUUAAUCAAACCACUUAGGACUCAACCCAACUGUACGCGGUCCGGCCUGUCUACACCGUUUGCCCUUGUUCCCUGGGCUGCGCCCGCGUGUCCUGAGGUGCAAAAGCCACGGCCAACCUCUGGGGGGCUGCUCUAGGGGCCAAGGGAGGGAGUCAUUUGCUCCUGUAGCCUCUUGGGUGUGGCCUCCCUGCCUCCCCCAAGUGUAAGGUUCUCUCGCGCCCCCGCCUCGCCGGCCGCGGGCCGCUUUCCCCAGGCCCAGGGGGGCAAGACGAGCCCUUGGCAGUGCGGCUUUAUGGGCCCCCUUUAAGGCCGGCGGAGGCAUCUCCCGGCCAGCGUGAGACGUCCCGUCGGGAGCGACGGUGUCGCCUCCGCGCGGAUCCCUCCGCGCGGUUAUCUCGCCCCCAUCUUCUCCUCACAGUGGCGUGGUGCGAAAAUGCCUCGCCGGGGCGCACCGGGGCGGCAGCCUCGGCGGCGGCGGCGAGAGCGGUGGGAGGGGGCCGCGGGGGGGCCGAGGUGAGAGGUGGCGGCGGGUAGAGGGUGUUUUUUUCUCUUCCCUCCAGAGCGGGGGUUUGUAAACCGAAGCCAAAGAGUGUCCCCGUGGGCCGGGCGCACUUUUUUUUUUCUUGUCCCGGUGCGCUCAGGGCCGCCUGGUGCCUGAGAGGAAACAGUGGAGGCAGCGGGGCAGGUCACCCGGGGCGUCGGCGAUUAUAUUGUGGCCCAGCCGGCGCGCGCCGGGAAAGGCCGGGCGGGCGUGAGCGCGGGGGCUGGGCGAGGCCCCGCGACCCGCGAGGGAGGCGGUGCGAGGCCGAGUCGGCGGGCGCGAGAGCCGGGCAUGAACGCCCAGUAGCCAAGUGCCCGCGGCUGCCAGGCCUCAGAGGCGACGCGCGCGCAGGCGGGCGGGUGGCAGCAGCAACGUAGCCCGGCGGCCCCGGCGGCGGGAACAGCCGCCCCAGAGGCCCCCGCGGCAGUGCGGCCGCGCUGAGGCGCGCUCCCUGCCAGCUCCGCACCGCCCGCCCGGGGCCGCCCUACCUCGGCCCCUGGCCGCCGCCGCCGCCGCCCCGAUGAGCUCUUACUUCGUGAACCCGCUGUACUCCAAGUACAAGGCGGCGGCCGCGGCGGCGGCGGCGGCGGCCGCGGCGGGCGAGGCCAUCAAUCCCACUUACUACGACUGUCACUUCGCGCCUGAGGUCGGCAGCCGCCACGCCGCCGCCGCCGCCCUGCAGCUCUAUGGCAACAGCGCCGCCGGCUUCCCGCACGCGCCCCCGCAGGCGCACGCGCACCCGCAUCCGUCACCGCCGCCCGCCGGACCGGGUUGCGGUGGUGGGGGCGGCCCGGGCCCCGGCCAGGACUACUUCCACCCCGGCGGGGGCAGCCCGGCCGCAGCCUACCAGGCCGCCCCCCCUCCUCCUCCGCAUCCUCCGCCUCCGCCUCCCCCCUGCGGCGGGAUUGCCUGUCACGGGGAGCCCGCGAAGUUUUACGGAUACGAUAACUUACAGAGACAGCCGAUUUUUACGACCCAGCAAGAGGCCGAGCUGGUACAAUAUCCUGACUGUAAAUCGUCCAGUGGUAAUAUUGGCGAGGACCCAGACCACUUAAAUCAGAGCUCGUCUCCUUCUCAAAUGUUUCCCUGGAUGAGACCACAAGCUCCUGGUAGACGAAGAGGAAGACAAACCUACAGUCGUUUCCAAACCCUAGAGCUGGAAAAAGAAUUCCUUUUUAACCCUUAUCUGACCAGGAAGAGAAGAAUUGAGGUCUCCCACGCCCUAGCCCUCACGGAGAGACAGGUAAAAAUCUGGUUCCAGAACAGGAGAAUGAAAUGGAAAAAAGAGAACAACAAGGACAAAUUCCCAGUUUCCCGACAGGAGGCAAAGGAUGGAGAAACCAAAAAAGAAACCCAAGAGCUGGAGGAAGACAGAGCCGAAGGCCUGACAAAUUAACUUCUACCUUUAAAUUUUUACCACAGACUAUUAAAACUAAUGAUCAACACAUGCUGUUGGACACCAUCUAUUUUCUUUGUUGGAAAGAACUUUACCUGUAUUUCAAGCUACCUUCAUGUCACUGCUCUUGAGGUUUCUGCGCUUUGAGAGGGGCUUGGGUGUUAAAAAAAAAAAAGUUUCUAGUAUCGAAUAGAAGCAGCCCUUGAGCUGUCCUAUGUAAGGGUAAUUUGAUACUGACCUUGUUGCUAUAUUUUUAUAAUGGUAGUUUUUAAUGUCUGAGCUGGUGAUUCGCCUCAACAACAUAAACUUCCUAAUGAUUAGCACUAAAUAAUUGAAUAUAAAAUGCUUUAUUAAUCAAACAAGUGCACUUGAACACUUAAAAUCAUUUCUUUAUGGUGAGUAAAUUAAAAGAGAUCUAUUAAUUUUUUUAAGAAUUAUGCCUGCAGAAUAUUUACUUUAUGUUAUUUGAUUAAAACAUAUUUAUGUUUUAUUUCUGCUUUUAUAAUGAAUGGUUCGGGUGCCUUUUGUUUACUCCUUAAAGGUUUCUUUGGGUAUUUUGUAAAUGUAAUAUCUCUGGGAAAAGUCUGGGCCAAAUAUUGAAAAAGCACAUGUUAGCUGAAGAGUGUAAUGUGUAGUUCGGCUCUGCAGCUUCCUUAAACUUGGGGAAAACGUUGGGCCAAUGAGAAAAGUUUCAGGAAAGUGUCAGAGUUGACAUUUGAUAAUUUUUCAUAGUGUAUACAAAUUAUGGCAAUUUAAUCAUCUAGAGUGAAUGAAUACUUGAAAAGCCAAUUGUAACAUUUUCACUCAUUAAUUUUUCACUCUGGCUAGUCGCCUUGUGGAAUGCCCCUCAUUUCUCAACUUGCUUUCGUUUUGAACUGCGCUUGGCAUCGCCUGAAAUCGCUAGGUCUCUGUGUUGUGGCCGCUGCUGUGAUUCCGUUUCUCUGAAUAGGUGCCAUAUUUAUUUGUAUUCCCUUCGCUCUGUUUGCACGCCCAUUUUGAGCCAACUUGUGUGCGUCUCAGAUGUCGGUUGGUACGUCCUCUGCUGUUCUCCAGGAUGGCCUCACCUAUUGAAACAAGCCCCGAGAGCAAAUGCAGAAAAAUCUUGAGUGUAAACAACCGCUCCAGAACAUAGCUAGCUCCGUAAUAAAGAAAUGAAUCUUUUUCUAGAGCUAGUGUCUUUGAGCGCCGCACAUAACCCUUUCCCUGAGUCAGGAAAUACCUCCUGGGCUCACUAGAAGCUGUAAAGCUUCUGUUUGAUU